CGAAUUCCCUGCACCUGCCCUGGUAGAUGAAAGAGGUUUGUGUAUGUGAAUGUAAUUUUUCAAUUUAUUUUCUUCUCAUUCACCACACAUCUCUUUAGUUUAAAUUGCUGCGUUGCCUACCCAAUACACAUAUACCUUGUAUCGAUUAGACACUACAAGUCUAGAUUUAAGCUUGUCCAUAGGGGAAACUGUAGUCGUAUAAAACCAACCAACUAAUCUUGCUGUCUCGUGGUGCUUAUAAGUAUAUACCGUCAUAUUCCCUAUCGCACGGUCCUCUCAUACUCUAUCACACUAUAAUAAUAUCCAUAUGAAGUCUGAGCCAGCCACACCCACAGCCCAUUCCUCCGUGAAUGAUCUGAGCCGUGGGCCGACGGUGAGCCAAACAGACAGCUCUGUUGCUUUCGACGACACAUACGCCGGGCCGACACCGUUGAAUGGUGUGCUUCCCGAGAAAGACACAUCAGCGUAUGCGCCUCCACCAGACGGCGGCUACGGGUGGGUGGUGGUAGCAUGCAGCUUUCUGCUCGAGUUCUUUGCUGAGGGCCCGCUCAGCGCAUUCGGGGUGUUCCAGGACUACUAUGUGAACGACCGGUUCAAGGGCAGGGUGUCGAACGCGACAAUCGCCUUGGUUGGCGUACUGAGUGCCAGUUCUAUGGCAUCGCUUGGUGUUGUUUCAGGCAAGCUGUGCGAAAAGUUUGGAUACAGGGUUGUCCCUCUUUGUGGAAUAUUCCUGCUAAGCAUGGGUUAUUUCCUGGCGUCAUUUGCGACAGAGGGUAUUCUCUGUGGUGUUGGUGCAGCACUGACCUUCAUGCCAGCGGUCGUAAUUCCGGCUCAGUGGUUUGAGAGACGCCGUGGGCGAGCUACAGGUAUCGUCAAUCUAGGUAUCGGCGUUGGUGGUCUGGUCUGGACGCAGUUCAAUCAUUUGCUCAUCAAAAAAAUAUCGGUGGCCUGGACGCUCCGACUAACAGCAAUAGUUGUGCUUGUUUCCUGCAGCGCAGCAGUGAUAUUGAUACGCACAUACCAGACGACGCCUAUUAAGAAAAAGGUUGAUAUAAAGGCGCUUGGCGACAAAAACUUGAUACUCUUCCUGGGUGGCUCAUUCCUCACCGGCAUUGGUUCGCUGAUUCCAUUCUACUAUCUACCAGCGUACGCCGGAGCGAUUGGGCUGACCGAUAGCAAUGGUGCGACAGCCAUCUCUGAUUUGCUUGGCCCAGUAAAAAUCCUGCUGGUUGCCUCUUUCCUGACCUGCUCAAGUAUCUUGUUUGUAUGGACGUCUGCCCACAACUAUGCGAUUACUUUGGUGUUUGGGCUUUUAUUCGGCAUAGGCUACGGUGCCACAUUCACACAGACAUCGGCUUUUGUUGCCAGGCUCUUUGGUGUCGACUCGCUGCCGGUGUUUGUCGGACUUUACUAUACCAUGUCGGGCAUUGGCUAUCUGCUCGGCCCACCACUAGCUGGUGUCAUUCUGGAACGAACAAAGUCAUGGGGUGCACCAUACACAGCGCUGAAGCUGUACUGUGGUAUCCCAAUGUCUAUGGCAUUUGGUGCAGUCGUGAUUAUACUGAUCAAUACUAACCGCAAGCGGAUCGUGUGAAGUGGGCAUGGGUGUGUCUGGCUGCACCACAAAAUCCUUCCAUACAUUUUAACAUACUACCCUUAAUGUGUUCAAGAACUACUAUUCCGCCACGC